AUGUCUGAUUUAGCUAAUAAGUAUCAAAAGAUUCAAGGUGAAUUAGAGGAAGUGAUUGUUGCUAGAAGACAGUUAGAGACUCAAUUACAAGAGAACAAGAUUGUCAAUGAAGAGUUUGAAGGGUUGAAAGAAGACACCCAAGUUUAUAAGUUGACAGGUAACGUUUUAUUACCUGUUGAACAAUUUGAAGCUCGUUCUAAUGUAGAGAAAAGAUUGGAAUUUAUUGAAGCAGAGAUUAAGAAAUGUGAGGAUAAUAUAAAGAGCAAGCAAACCGAAUUGAACAAGCUUAGGGAUGAGUUGAUGAAGGGACGUGGUGGAGCAUAG